AUGGAGAUGAAGAAGGUCGCCUGCGCCGUCCUUGUCGCCGCCGCCUCGGCCACCGUGGCCCUCGCCGCCGAGGCACCGGCACCCGCCCCCACCAGCGCCUCCUCGGCCGCCUUCCCGGCCGUCGGCGCCGUUCUUGGCGCCUCCGUGCUCUCCUUCUUCGCCUACUACCUGCAAUUUCUGGCUAUUGAUUUUUUUUCCAUUUAUUUAUCUGCUCUGGUUUUCAAAAUCAAGGGUUAUUUACAAAGGCUGAGGCUUAAUGACUAG